AUGAGCUGGGCAAGGCAUGUGGGGAAGAUCCAGAAGGGAUUGGAGAAUGUCAAGACUCCUUGGACCAGACCAACCCAUCUGGAUUUCAGCCACAAUGAGAGUAUCAGGCUAGCCACAGAUGUCGUAGUGGACAGGGGCCUAGAAUCUUACUGGGAGGUCCUGGGUGAAGAAGGAGAAGUGGACUUCCUGUCAUCAUCAGAAGCUUGUUACAUUCAGGAGAACACCAGCCAGCCAAACGGUGCUCCCCAAUCUCCAGGAGGAGAGGGGCUGGACCUUUGGGAGAGUGAUGCUGGCUUUCUCUAGUUGGGCACAUACUUCUCCCAGUUCUUGGGGGGUGUGGAGCCAGAUUUGGGGGAUGCUGGGAAGCCAUAUCUGAAGGAGAAGUCCAGCGUCACAGUGUAUUUCCAAACUGACCGGAACAGCAACAUCAGAGACCUUAUCCGCCGCUGCAGAGGGGAAAACCAAUCAGCUAAGGAAUUUGAACUGAAUGGACCAGUUUACCAAGUCGAUGAAUCUGAGAUGGAGUUAAACCUUACAGUGGCGCUGGCCAUCUUGAUGGAUGAGUUCAUGGACAUUGAGAUCUUCUGUCAUGUGCUGGAGGCAGCCAAUAAGCGGAGUGUGUUUGUCUACAUCCUUCUCAACCAAAGUGGAGUGAAGCUGUUCAGUGAGACGUGA